GCCGUGAUGAUUCUGCUUUUCAGUGUGCAGUGUUUAUUUCUACAAAUCACGCUGCCAUCAAUCAGGACGUGAGGCUGCAGGGUCGGUGAUGUAUGUGGUCCGACGCUGGAGCCAAGUUCUUCAGUUUAAAGCCAAACAUGAUACUCGCCAGGCAGAGAGGGAGGGAGGGAGGGAGGGAGAGAGGGGGAAGGGGAGGAAAAAAGAGGGAAGGAGGAGGAGAAAGGGGGCUCCUGAAACAUUUACUCUGAAAUUCAGAAAGAACAUGGAGAAAGUAAGAAAAGUGAAAGAGAGAGUGAAAGACAUGUUUAAGAGAACUGGAGGACGGUUGUUGGGAAACAGAGAGAGAAGAGAGAAAAAAAAAAGAGAAAGAGAGGAGUUUGAUUUCAGAAAGGAAAAGAAAAAACAGAGAGGAAAAAGGAGGAGCUGGGGAUGAAGGAGAAGAAAUAGAGAUAAAAAGUAGAGAAAGUGCUGAGAAAGAAAGGAAGAACAUGAGAAAAACACAAGAAAGGGAAGCAAAGGAAAAACAGAGCAGAUAGAAGUUAAAUAAUCAAGAGAGGAUAUAAGGAGGCGAAGAAGGAGGAGAUGGAGGGAAGGAGAAAUGCCACACGACGUUAAUUGAAGCUGACAGAUGAGAAAACAGCAGAUUAUCAGAGUGGGAAGUGCUGAAAGAGGAGGAGAGAAACACGAGAGAGGGAGUGGAGACGAAGCUGAGGGAGAGGAGAGGACGAAGAGGCAGAGCUGGGAACUAAAGAGUGUGACAGAGAGAGAGAGAGAGGAGGAGGAAGAGGAGGAGGAAGAGGAGGAGAAGAAGAGAAGAGGGGGAACUCAAUUCACCGCCGUGGUUUCUAGACUCUCCUCUGACGUUGUUGUGAAACUCUCUGGAGCUGCUGCUGCUGCUGCUGCAGGACUGAAUGCUAUCAGGAGCGAGCAGGCAGCUGCCAAACCCACCGACACACACACACACACACACACACACACACACACACACACACACACUCACACACACACACACACCCCGGCAGUGUUGGAUAUGACUCGUCCGCGGAGGCAGCUCGGUGUGCUGGACUCACAGUGACAGUUGGGAAUAACCGGUUCUUCAUCCAGUCAGAGCGUUCAGUGAAGAUGAAGUGACGGCCUGCAGACCCGCCGACGACCUCACAGCUCGGAUGUUUCCGUCGGACGAAACUCAACAGAAAAGAUGUCGGUGAAGCUGCGAUUCGACUCUCCGUCCGAUGGAGGUUUGAGCCACCGGAGCCGCUCCUUCACCGGGUUCAGCUCUCUGACCGGAGGACGACGGUCGUCGUCAGUUCGUAACUCCAUGCGCUCUAAAGCCGGGGCAGGAGGUAAAUCUCCCAGGAUGCACCUGUCUCCCAGCAGAGGGGGAGGAGCCAUCUGGUCCAUGCAGCCGGAUGAGGUGGACAGGGUCUUCCAGGCGCUACGCAAAGGACUCACGGAAUUUCUGGAGGGUCACCAGGCCGAGAUGGACUUCCUGUCGUCACAGCAGAGAGAGACCAAGAGAAACUCCAGACUGGCCUUUCUGUAUGACCUGGAGAAGGAGAUAAGAGCGUUGGAGAGAUACAUACGAAGAUUAGAAUUCCAAAUCAGUAAGGUGGAGGAGCUGUAUGAGACGUAUUGCAUCCAGUGGAGGUUGUGUCAGGGAGCCGUCAACAUGAAGAGAGCCUUCUCGCUGUCGCCGUCCACCAGAGCCUCCAGAGAGAGUCUGCUGGAGCUCAACCGCAACCACCGGCACAGCCUGCAGGACAUGUCAGUGAUGGAAGGAGAGUUAGAAAUCCUCCUCGGAGAGCUGCACAUCAAAAUGAAAGGUCUGAUUGGCUUCGCUCGGCUCUGCCCUGGAGACCAAUACGAGGUGAUAGUGCGGCUGGGCCGCCAGCGAUGGAGGAUCAGAGGGAGGAUCGAGUCAGACGACACGCAGUCCUGGGAUGAAGAGGAGAUGGUCUUCCUCCCGCACAUACACCACAACUUUGAGAUCAAGGUGACGGAGGCGAAGGGUUUGGGUUGGCUGCUGGUUGGCAUGGUGACGUGUGCGAGCGCGGACUUCUUCGUGGCAAAGCCGCAGCUGAUGUUGGUGGACAUCACUGAGCUGGGAACCAUCAAACUGCAGCUGGAAGUCACCUGGAAUCCGUUCGACAGCUCUGAGAAGAUGAGGCCGCUGUCCGUCAGCAGGCAGUCGGUGUCGAGCAGGAAGAGUUCAGUUUACAGCUGGACGGCUCCGAGCACGCCGUCCUUCACCGAGAAGUACUUCAUCUCGAUGGUGCGCGAGCUGAAGGAUCGAGAGGGUUCCCUCCCGUCGCUGGUGUCUAAAAGCCGACACAACAGAGGAGGAGUUUCUCUGCUCAGCUACCUGUCGGACCCCUCAAACGCCUCCAUCACGUCAAACCACAGCCCGCAGAGCGCCUAUAACCUCAGUCUGAAGCGGACUCACAGCUACCCCUCCAGCCACAGCGGAGGCACCAGUCUGGGUGGAAGUCAGACUCAGCUGUCCCUCGGGGAGGAAGGAUCCCUGGAGGUCUCUGCGGAGGAGAGGGAGAGGAGGAGGAGGAAGGAGGAGGAGGAGGAGAAGGAUGGCGAGGAGGAGUGGGGCAGUGUGUUAGACUCUCGCUCUACGCCAGCAGAGAGUAAAACAGGUUCCCUGCUGGCUCUACAGAUGUCGAGCACGCCUGACAUCCUCAGGAAGAACACGGCUGGAGAUCCAGAGCCGGAGACAAACAGUGUGGCUAAGGAUUCUCCAGACUCUCAGUCAUAUUCUGCCCCUGACUCGCCCUCGCCGGCUGCCCAGCCCCCUGCUGUGUCCCCGUCCUCACCCACACCUGCAGCUCCGGCUCAGGUGAGGCCGGGGGUGAGCGGCGCCCAGCGGAGGGCUCAGGCCGUCAGGCUGGGAGCUCUGAUCGCUGAGCUGGAGAAGACGUUACAGAACCAGAGCUGCUCUGAGAAGGAGCUGCGAGCCCUCGAACACCAGAUACUGCACCUGUCAACCAUAUUAAAGAACAACCUCUCUCUGUUGAGGAGCUCAUCAUCAGAGGAGACUCUGGCUGUGGAGGAAGUCCUGGGCAGUUUUGACUUCCUGUCAAACGACUUCAACGGAGAUGAUGACACCUCGUGUUUGGGCAGCCUGAGGCUGAAAGACAGCGGCAUCAGUUCUUUGCAGCAGAGCACUCUGGGAAAGCUCAACCAGCUGACUGCUGAGGAAGAACUGGUUAUCGCCCCUUUGACUUCUGGGAAUUGGGGUCUUGACCAGGCUCUAGAGACGCACCUGGAUAUAUGUUGCAUCCUGCUACAGCUGAUAAGAACGACCGACUUCAGCCCGUCGAGGAGGGAGCUGCUGCAGGAAACGGCUCUGCAGGCUGAAGUCCUGGACAGAGUCAGCUGUCUGCUGCUGGAGAAGCACGACAGCAUCUCCGCACGAGACAUCCUCCCGAAGGCCCAGAGGACGAGAGAUGUGCUGCUGUUCUGGGAGGAGUGUGUGGCCGACAGCAGCUCUCCCUUCUGUUGCCACUCGGAAAGUUUCUCCAGGACGCUGAAGAAACGUUACACGCACAAGGUGAAGGCCAAGCAGCCCGGCCAAUCAGAGAAAGUGUUUUCUCAGCUCCUGCAGCAGCUCCAGGCGGCCUGUCGGAUGGUGCCCAGCCCUCGGCCGGUCUGCAGCCCGGAGAGAGUCACCCUCUUCCAGCUGUCGGUGUAUCUGAAGCGCUGGAGCGUCCAGCAGCUGGGAGAGCACAUCUCACGCCUCUCCAAAGAAGAGUACAUCCUGUCGGCCCUGAGGAGUCCCAAAAGGAGGCGGGGUUUAAAUAAACUGAGGGCGCGGUCCAUCGCGGAGCUCCUCCCACUGGGAUGCACGCUGCAGACUCUGGCCGCCCUGCAGAUCGACUCCAACCACAAAGUCUGCAAAGCUGCCGUCAGCUGCCUCUGCAGGGCCGCCGGCUGCAAAGCCUUCAGGAACAAGGCGGUCGUUUACUACACAGAGAGUUUGAAAAUCGCCGAUGUUCGGAUCCAACAAGGUUCCUGUCUGGCUCUGAAGUGCCUCAGGGCGACAGAGAGCGUGGACCACAUCGCAGAUUUAUGGAGGUCAGCGGAUGAGGAUCUCCGCAGCGCUGUCAGAGAGACCGUCCUCUCCUUUGGUAAAAAAGGCUACCUGGCCUUCCAGAGGAUGGACCAGCUGUACACUGAGAUGGAGGAGGAGGCGUAUCAGAACCAAGAGACGGAGAUUACAUUUCUAUAGGACACAGUCUGGACCUGAAACAAGGCCGGAGAGACCCGACACGAAGAGUCUCGAUGAUCCUGACUGUCAGGCUGAGAGACGACACGCAAACAAAACUCACGAGGCAUCGAACUUUCUGAUUUUGUUUGGAGAGAUCGGAACCAAAGAGCCGAGUGCAGGAGAUGUGAAGAUGCCUCUAGCUUUCUCUGGAUGGAUCAUGCUUCAUCCUUCGACCAAAGAAGAGACUUUACUGGGAUCUUGGAUUAAUUUUUUUUUCUUUUGCUCUAAUAUGCAGAAAGAGUCCUGUUGUAGUUAUUUAACCUGCUUAGAUUCCCGGUGCAGCUUAAAGUUGAUUUCUGCUUUUGUUUUCUUUUUGGGACUAACAACAACAUCUGCAUCUUGGUUUUGUUGGACGAUGAAGGAGAAACGUCUUGUUAUUUCAUCAAAUGUUUCGAUAAGAGGCGUAUAAAUCCCUGAGGGUUCGUACCGGCUGGUGGGUGUGAAGACUGAAGGUUCACCCAGCAGAACACAUCAGUGCAACGAGAUGAUCAAUGUCAUUCACUCCACCUGUCAGCGGUUUUAAUGUUGCGGCUGAUCGGUGUGUAAUCACUGUUAAUGGACUCAGCUGUGUGUGUGUGAUCACUGAGACGCAGGCAGGUGCUGCCCUCUGCUGGCUGCUUCAGGACGAAGGCCCUGACCUGAGGACGCCUUCUCUGCCCACAGUGCAGAUUUGGCUGUGGUCAAACUGACCUGGGACCUCUAAGGCUGGGACAUUUAAGGAAUGUUUGGAGGGUCAAUACAGUGGCAUGGGAAGAGGAGCUCAGUCACAUGAGGUUUCUCUUCAGCCCUGACAGCUCGUCACAGAUUUUGGUACCAGAAAAUGAUCAAAAUUACAUAAUUUUCCUCUCACAGUGAAUCCUCAACAAAACCACAGCUGCACCAUUAAGACACAGUUUGUCCAUUUUCUUUUAGAUGCAGAGUCAGAAUGAACUUGUUCAGAAUAUAAACAGGAUCCAGGGUUCGGUCUUAGCUGUGUUUAAAGAUUCUCUGCCUGGUUUGUUUCAGUCUCGUCCUGCAGGACCAGAUGGCUCAGAGGCAACAACAAGAACUUAUCAGAAGGAAGCGACAGUCAGCAAAAACAAAUGUAUUCGAUUGCAGGACUUCUUGUGUGUUUGUUUUUCAUGGUAGCAUGGAAGGAAAGCCGAGAAAGAGGAGCAAUAAUGAAGGAUCAUAGAGAUAUUUGCAAGAAAUUAAGGAUGACAGGAGGGUGAAGGAAGUAAGAAUGUGUAGGACAGGAUUUAGCAACACUUCAGGCAGGCUAGCAGCUGUAUGGGGCUGUCCUUCAGCACAGGAGGGAGUUCUCUGAGCUAAAUGCUAACGUCAGCAUGCUAACAUGAUGAUGUUCAGCGGGUAAAACCACGUUCACCAUCUUGGUUUGAUCUGUUAGCAUGCCAGCAUUUACUACGUAGAAACACAAUUUCACACACAAGUUUUUUCAGCUAAAGGUUAGACUCAGCAUGCUGCAUUGUUUUACCGUCACAACAUGUUUAUUUACCAUCCUGGUUAAACAUGUUAGCAUGCUAACAUUUGGUCAUUAGAUACACACAUUGCAUCUAAACCUGCAUAAACCAAAGUGUUGGACGUGUAAGAGUUCAGUUGUUAUCUCGUGUUCGUGCUAAAUAAAAACCGAAG